GGCUGGGUGUAAGUAGGGCAAGCCGCUUCCUGGUUCUCAGAUAGGAGGAGCUGGGAGUCGGAGUGGGCGAGCGGAGGCAGUACACAGGGGGUCAGAGCAGCCCAGAGAGCCGGCGGUCUGCAGGGAGAGGAUCGCAGAGGACCAACAAGAGAAACGCAGAACUUGAUGAAGAAUAACCCCCCUCCCGGUGUGUCGAACUGAGGACCGGAGCGGUGGACCCCCGCACACAAAGAAGACAAGAGGUUGAAAGAUUAAAAAAAAAAGAAAUUAAGAAGUAGAAGAAGUAAGCAGGGUGGGACGGAAUAAUCCAGGAAGUGUGGAGGCAGAACAGGUGGGAGGCGACGGUUCGGGGCAGGUGACAAACUGGCACUCAGGUUUAUGACCUCUGACUUCUGAUUAAUUGACCAAAGAGGAAGGGACCACAGAUAGAGAGACAGACAGCAAGUGCCCAUCGUCUCUUGGGUUUAUGGACUGGAGGUGGCAAUGUCUCCAGGAGAGGACGGUCUGAUUGGGAUCCCCUUCCCGGAGCAUAGCAACGAGCUCUUGUCCCACCUCAAUGACCAGAGGAGGACAGGACUCCUGUGUGACCUUACCCUUACUUCCCGUGGGGCUCGUUACCCCACACACCGAUCUGUCAUGGCUGCCGUCAGUCUUUACUUCCGCCGUUUGUUUGGAACAGAGGAAGGGGGUGGUGAGGGUGGAGGAGGCUUUAGCGUUUGCCAGCUGGACUGUGUUGCACCCGAUGCCUUGGAUGCCCUGCUGGAGUUUGCCUAUACUGCCACAUUGACCAUCCCCAGCUCUGGAAUGAGAGAUGUGCUACGAGGAGCUCAGCUUCUGGGCAUCCAGUGUGUGGCUGACGCCUGCAGGGACAUCCUCGGGGAGACGGCGGAGGCAGAAGCAGAGACGGCAGAGGAACAGAGGGCCCAACACAGAGCUACAGAGAGAAUGGUGGAACAAGGUAGCGUGGUAGAAAAAGCUUCCAGAAGAAAAACGGACAAAAAAAAGGUGAAAAAAGUUGGAUCAGUUCACAUUAACUGCUCACCGUUGAACCUGCUGCCUGCCUCUCCCACCUCGCACCCUUCACCUGCAUCUGACAGCCUUCGCUCCUUGCCCUCUACCCGACCGCCUACUCCUGAACCAGAGGAGCCUCACCCUAAACAUGGGCAGAACGGGGAUCCCAGGGCAGUCAGGGAACCAGGGAAAGGGGCCACAAUAAAUGGAGGGUUCCUUCAAUGGCCACAAGUGCGCCCACGUAUAGCCCACCCACCUCCUGUGCAACCCUUGAAUGACAAGAUAUCUGAGGAUGACGAGAUGGAGGGUUUAGGUGUUGAUGUUAUGCUGAUGGAGAGCAGCUCCCUACCUACCUCUGUUGCUGAUCGAGGUGCAGCUACGACAUUAGCAGGAGGAGGAAGGAAGAGAAAGUCUCAGACCCCUCAGCAGUGUCCUGUCUGUCAGAAAAUCAUCCAUGGAGCAGGAAAACUGCCACGACACAUGAGGACGCACACUGGAGAGAAACCAUUCCAAUGUUCUGCCUGUGGGGUUCGCUUCACACGCAACGAUAAGUUGAAGAUCCACAUGAGGAAACAUACAGGCGAACGCCCUUACCCCUGCCCCCACUGCCCCGCCCGGUUUCUCCAUUCAUAUGAUCUCAAAAACCACCUGUCCCUCCACAGCGGAGCAAGGCCCUUUGAGUGCCCACUUUGCCACAAGGCCUUUGCCCGAGAGGACCACCUCCAGCGUCAUCGCAAGGGUCACAGCUGCUUGGAGCUACGGACACGCCGUCCUAGGCGUGGCCCGGAGCUGCUGGAGGAUGAACGAGGGGACGAAGCCCAGAGGGAGCAGUCCAGUCCUCUGUCUUUACAGGUCCAUUCGUCUGUGUUCCACCCCCGUAUGGUACUGGACGGUGGAGGUGGGUCCGGUGGUGGCCCUUCACUUAUAUUUUCAGGCGACAUAAAGAGGGAGCAUUCUCUUGCUUUUCCGGCUCUGGCCCAUCUUGGGCCUCAAAGGCUGGCUGCCUACCCUGAGCUUUUCUUGCAAAGUCUGGAAAUGCGAGGAGGCCGAAAAACGGAGGGAGAAGAUCCAGGAAGAACCCGGUCACCGGCUCUGCAAUGCGACAGAUGGGCAGAUGAAGAGGAAAUUGGAGACGAGGAAGUGGAAGAAGGGGAAUAGUGAACAGAGAUUGUAUUUAUGUGGUCAAGUAUCCACAGUAAAAAAAAUAAUAAUUCACUCAGGUGGCUGGACUCAUGAUCUGCUGCUCCCAUACAGAGAGCACUUAAAAAAAUUAAUAUAAAAAAUUUUAAAAAAGAAAAAAAAAGGAAAACGGGUUUUCAGAGAUAUCUUAAGUUUGUUUUCUGAUUGUUGGCAUUUUAUUUAAAUUUUCCUUCAAUUUUGUUUCUAGUUUGGCUCUUGAUUUUGAGUAUUUAGGGUUUGAGCUCUCUAAUGACUUAUUUUUCCUUGCUGGUGUGUGUCAAGUGGGUGGUCACUGGAAUGCUUUUCACUAUGCAAACUAAAAUCCAGGGGUGCAGAAUGGAAGGAUAUUUGAAGACGUAUAUAUUUUGUACUUACAUGCAUUACGGUGCAAUUUAGAAUGAAUUUUCCCUAUUACAAGAUGAUUUGUGUCCCCACUGUCCUCUGGUGGUUAUCAGUGGAAAUGCAGUCUUAACUAAUCAAACUUGUUCUGUGUUGUAAGCAAUAAUCUUAACUUGUUUUUGUUGGUUUUAGUGCUAGAAUCUUUGCUUUGAUUUGGUGCUUUAACCAAAGAUCUGCAUUUUAUUCUAAAAUGAGGAGCGAAGAAGGGGAAUUGUAGCCAAGGUUGGGUUUGACAAAGACUCUUCCCAACUGUUUUGAUAGCCAUGAGAGAGACUCUGCUUCCAUGUCUGAGUGUCUCAGAGCUGUAGAGCUCUGUGUUAAAUGCCUGACCAAAAGAGACAAAGUCUGGGUCAAUGAGAUGAUGUUGAUUAAUGUUGAAAACAAUUUUUUUUGUUAUUUCCCAGAAGCUGUGGACUUCGGUUUUCCAGUGCACUCAUUUGGAUUCCUUGUUUUGAAAAAAUAAAUUAAAACAGAAAACAAGGUGAUGAGAUGGUUGAAAUGAUGUGCCCCAUUUCUUUGUAUUUAUUUAUUUAUUUUUAUUUAUUGUGGCUCUUCUGCUUUAGUAAGCCCAAAUCCAGGGUUGAACUUAGAUUACAAUCCACUUGUCAUCCAAAAAUUGCAAGAAGCUGUGUGAUGCUGCAGAUUUUUUAGCUCAACAUCGCCGUCAACCUGAGCACCUUGUUGCAGGGUGAUUGUCUUCUUUUGACCAUUAUUCCUCAAAUGCAUUCUUUGCACAUUUAACCCACCAGGUUUUGCAAUAACACAGGCACAUUCCAAACUUCAGGGUAGCAAGAGGGGAACAGAGCAAAGACAUGAGUAGGUUUAAAACCUUUAAUGUAACUCUCAUGGAACAUGAAAUGACUUUUCAGCAUGCUUUUGUGUUGUGAACUCAACAUGUAUAGUACUGUAUCACGUUAUUGCAUGGCAGUUCUUAAAGAUCGGCCACCGCUGUGACUAAAAGGGCCAUUAUCUCUUGAGUAUAUCCAUCUCUGACCAAAAACUUCAAAUUUUAUGCUGUUUUCCAUGGCCCUGUAGCAGGGUGUUAUGCAACUAUUAAUGGCUUUAAAUGACAGCAGUUGUAUUUGUUUUUUCCAAUUCUUCUGAAAUCCAUGUAGCUGACAUACUGGUCUGGGCUUGUGUGUACUAUCUGCUCUUUUCUUUCUUUAAUUUUUUUUUUCCAGUUUAUUUGCACUAUGAGAUUUGAGAGCUUCAAGCGUUUUCCUUCUCUUCAGUAUCUUGUCCAUUAACUUACUCUUAAUCUUUUUAGAUUGUGAUUAAAAAAAGUAAAACUCUCGUACAUACUCUUCCUUUUGCAUAUUAGUACAGAGUUAAAUACAAAUAUAUAUUGGGAUGAAGUUGCCUUAGGUUUUUUUUGUUUGUGUUUUUCAUGCUGCAACUAUUCUCAGGAAAUCUUGAGCAAUGCACUAAAUGAUUAUACAAAAUGUAAAAUGGGAAGAAACCGGUGCUGUAGGGUGGUGAACAUUCUUCAUGCAAGUGUAAUGCCAGUAGUUUCAAAAUAUUAGAUUUUAUAGAUUUUGUAUUGUAAAAAAAUAAAAUGAAGUAAACCUACGUGUAAAUAAGAGUCAUGAAAGUAAACUACUGGCCUUGCUGGAACCUGUCUUACUGGAAAGGCAGUAUGACAGUUGGUCCUGUGCAUGAAGGGUGUUGGUACUCCCAGUCAGAGCUUCAUAAAUGAAUAACAUUUAACUGAUGCCAGCUGUGAAGUGUAUGUUUCGAUGUGAGCUGUUUGUUUUUCUUGGCUUCGGUGAAGGGACAUGGGAUAUGGUCUGAGUAGAGACCCCACUAUCAGGGAUACAUUUUUGUCUUUCAGUUUUUAGAAAACCUUUUCAGAAAUUAGAAUUCAAUUUCCCAUGAUUUGUUUCGUUAAUGUAAAGAAAACAAAUAAAGAUAUAAGCUUGC